CUUCCCGUCCAGCCAUUUUAGGCGUCUGUGUCUUCUCGGGGGGAGAGAGACCCGCAGGUCGUCCCCGCCGCGGUGUCUGCGUGUCGCCCACUGAUCGCAGGAGCCGCCGGAGAACCCCAGGACACGCGGUGACUGGAAAUGGAGUCAGUGACCUUUGAGGAUGUGGCUGUGAACUUCUCUCUGGAGGAGUGGGCUAUGCUGAAUCCAUCUCAGAAGAACCUCUACAAAGAUGUGAUGCAGGAAACUUUGAGGAACCUGGCCACUAUAGGAAGCAGUUUGGAGCACCAUAUCAUUGAAAAUAUAUACCGAAAUUCCUGGAGAAAAUUAAGUGGUCAAGCGGUGGAGGGACUCUAUGACUAUAAAGAAGACCAUCAGUGUGCAGAACUCUUUGACUUCACUACACAGAGUAUUGUAAACCAGAACCCUUUUCCAGGAGUACAUAUAUGUGAAAACAGCGGAUGUGCCAGAGUAGUCAUUGGCCAUUUGUCUCUAAGCGUACUCCUUAAACCUGACACAGAGCAUGAAUCCUCUGAAGAUCGGGAAUAUGGAAAAGAAUUGUGUAACAGUAUGGAAUUUGGGGCCGCCUCCAGCUCUGUCCCACCCUUUGAGCACUAUGGAAGUACUUACACUCUAGAGAGACUAUAUAAAAGUGAGAAUUGUAGUGAAGACUAUAGGUAUGGUCAAAAUCUUGAAAAGGCUUUGGCCGAAGAGAAACCCUUUCAGUGUAAGCAAUGUGGGAAAGGUUUCAGUUCUUCAAGGUACUUCCGAAGGCAUGAGCGACGCCAUCGUGCAAAGAAAUCCUAUAUAUGUAAGCAGUGUGGGAAAGCGUUUGCUUUUCCCACCUACCUACAAACACAUGAAAGAAUUCACACCGGGGAGAAGCCCUAUGUGUGUGUGCAGUGUGGGAAAACCUUUGCUCAUUCUCGUUCCCUUAAAACCCAUAAAAGAACUCACAGUGUGAGGGACCUCUUUGUGUGCAAUUACUGUGGGAAAACCCUACGCCAUUAUAGUUCUCUUCAAAUUCAUACAAGAAUUCACACUGGAGAGAAGCCUUAUGUAUGUAAGCCAUGUGGCAAAGCUUUCAUCACUUACCGUUCCUUUCGAAUACAUGAAAGAAUUCACACUGGAGAAACACCUUACGAAUGUAAGCAGUGUGGGAACACUUUCAUGCGUUGGAUUCAAUUACGAAAACAUGAAAUAAUUCACAGUGGUGUGAAACCCUAUGCUUGUAAGCUAUGUGGGAAAAGCUUUACUUGUUCCGGUUCCCUGAGAACACAUGAAAGAAUUCACACUGGCGAGAGGCCUUAUGUGUGUGACCAGUGUGGGUAUAGCUUUACUCGGCUGAAUUCGCUCUUAAGACAUAAAAUAACCCACACUGGCGAGAAGCCCUAUGUGUGUAAUCAUUGUGGGAAAACGUUUCCUCGUUCUGCUUCUCUUCAGAGACAUGUAAAAAUUCACACUGAGGAGAAACCCUAUGUAUGCAAGCAGUGUGGGGUUGCCUUUGCUACUUCCACUGACCUUCUAGAGCAUGAGCAAACUCACAUUGAUGAGAAACCUUACAUCUGUGAGCAAUGUGGGACUGCCUUUGUGCUUUGGAGCCAGUUUCAGAAACAUAAAGCACUUCACAGCGUUCCAGUUUCCUAUAUCUGUAAGCAGUGUGGGAAAAGCUUCACGUCUUCCAGGUCACUGAAGACACAUGAAAGAAUUCACACUGGGGAGAAGCCCUAUGAGUGUAAGCAGUGUGGCAAAACCUUCCUUUGGUCUUACUCCCUUCAAAGACAUGAAAAAACCCAUAGUGAUGGGAAGCCCCAUGUGUGCAAACAGUGCGGGCAAGCUUUCCCCUAUUACAGUCAUCUUCAAGUGCAUGAAAAAAUCCACAUUGAUGACGAGCCUUACAAUUGUAAGUACUGUGGGAAACCCUUCUUCACUUUGAACCAUUUGCAUAGACAUGAAGUGCUUCACACUACCCUGGAUCCCAAUGUUUUUUAAUAAUAAGAGAGAAAAAAACUGGCUUGGUAGCUUUCAAAGAAAUAAACAAAACCACACCGGGGGAAGAAAACUGGAUUUGUGCUAGCAAUUCAGAAAAACCUUUUGUUUCGUUUCAUUGAAACAAGCAUGAAGCGCCACAAUGGAGAGAAACGUGUUUUAAAACAUCAGUGUGUAAGUGGUUUUUGCGCUUAGAGUUCCUGAAGUACAUGAAAGCCACAGGCCUAUGACUGCAGGUGAUGCAGUGAAGCCCUGUGCACUCCCAGAUCAUGGAGCAGACAGGAGAGGGCGCUCUAGAGAAACUUCUUCCUUGUAUAUGUGCUCUUGUAAAUAACCCCUCACUUCCUGCUCAGUCCCCCUGAACAUGUGGAGGGAGUCACUCUGGAGAGUCUUCAUUGUCAUCCCAUCCUCGCACAGACAUGAAAGAACCUACUGUAAAGAAACCUUAAAAAUAGGAUUUGGGAACUCUUCGUUUUCAUCCCAUAGCACUCACGGGACUGUACAUGGGGAGAAUUCCUAUCAACGGAGAACCGAUAUGAGCACCACUUGGUUAAAGUAACAGAUAAGGAAAGAACCUGAUAGGAAGUGCUGAUUUGCUUGAAAGAGAUGUUCCAGGUUUCAUUUGGCACACAUGGAAACACACCAGAUGAAAACCUUUGCUGUUGAAAAAUGAUUGGAAGUCUAGAGCAGUAGUGACUGUAGGAAAAGUCCUUUGAGAUCUUUUCAUAUUUAAUCUAUAAAUGUCAGUGUUAUGAAGGACUGGACAUACUGGGUUUUUUUUUUUUUCCUUUCUUGUAGCAUGCUCUAGGAAAUGCCCACUCUGAAGAGAAUGUUAUCAGUACAGGAUUUUGUAUUUAUUGGGAAAUUUCAGAGGCUCUAGGGUGGCUUAGCCUUUGAGAGCAUUUGCUGCUCUUCCAAAGGACCUGCACUUGGUUUUUGUUACCAGAUCACAGGCCUCCAGACUGAAUGUGACUCCAGUUUCAGGAGAUCCAAUUCUUCUCACACACAUGUGACACAGAUUCACAUGUACACAUAAUAAUACAAUUUAAAUUUUUCUCAAGUCCCCUCCCUUCAGAAAAGCUUUUGCUGUGUAUCCCAGGUUUAUCUGAAAUUGGUGAUCUUCCAACUUCUAACUCUGAAUGUUUAAUGAAAGGUGUCUGCUUCCACAUUCACCAUCAUUAACUCCUGUUUCAGAGUUCAUCUCUGGACUUGUUUCUAAAUUGUAAAAGUGAGCCUAGAGCAGGGCACUGUGGAAUGGCAGCUUAAACCUAGGAACUGGAGAUCAGUAAGACCUACAUAUGAAAAAACUAGAAAGUACAUUUUAUUAAAUUAUUUUGUGAGGUUUCUUAAAGCAAUCAUGUAUUAGUUUAAUGAGUGGUGUCUUUUGUAUCAAAUAAGGUAGGUGCUUCUUUCAUUGUAAAUUAUGUUGGAUUCAUUAGGGAAUUGUUACUUGAAAUGUGCCAGUCCGCAGAAAUAUCUUUAAAAAGCAUUUUAUUAUGUAUGUGUAAGUUUGAAAGAGAAAGAGAUAAGAGAGUAGGUAUGUACCAGUGGAAGCCUGAAGACAAUGUUGUAUGUAUCCUUUAGAGCUGGCAUUGCAGAUAUCUGUGACAUGCUUGAUGUGUGUGAUGGAAUCUAAAUCAUAAUCAUCAUGUUAGAGCAGUAAACACUCUUAACUGCUGAGCCUUCCCUCAAGCCCCUGCAUAAAUGUCUUCUUUUUCAAUCAUGCUUAAUGGGUGGUUAAAAAUAUGACUUUGUGAAUUUUGGAAUAGUCCUAUUAUUUUCAUUUGGCUGAUUUUGAGUAUACUCUCAUUUUUCAUAAAAAAAUCACUCAUGAGUGCACAAAUAUGUAUUGGGAACAUUGUGUAUGUGUUGAUGGUAUGGUUUAUGUGUUGGUGGUGUUCACAAGGUGAACAAAUUAAUAUAUUGGGAGUCUUAUUCUGUUGCUAUGUUAUUUCCCCAAGACAGGUCUCACUGAUCCUGGAGCUGGGCAGACAGCCAGGAAAACUCAGUGUUUCUUGUCUCUUCCCUCCCUAUGGUGCUGGGUGUACAGACACGGUCAUUCCCAGAUUUUUGUUGAUAGGGAAUAACACUCGAGUCCUCGUGAGUGCACAGCAAGUGCUUUUACCCACUCAGCAGCCUUCUCAGGCCUAAACUGCUUUCAAAGGGAUUUUGUCUCUUGUGUUUGUGUUUUUCUCUGAUGUGUUCUCAUAUCCUUGAGUACAUGUUCACUCAACUUUGAAGUAUUUUCAAAAUGCUUUUAGAAUAGCAAGCUUUAGGACGUGUUUAGUUUGUUUUUCCUAUUCAGAAGGUAGGUAUAAGAAUAUUGUAAUCAUAGAUCAGAGCACUUUUCCAAGUUGGCUUAGUUUUUACUUUUGAGAAUUUCAUACAUGUAUACAAUAAAAGAUGGUCAUAUGUACCCACUAUUUCUCCUUCCAACUCUCCCUAUAUUCUCCCUAAUGCUCCCUCUUAAUUUAGGUCUUUUAAAAUAACCCAUUAGUCUGGUUAAUAUUGCUCACACAUACAUGGGUAUGGAACCACCCGCUGGAGGAUGGGUGGCCUACCGAUAGUUGUAUCUCCACACCCCUGCAGCCAUUCACUGCCGGGAGCUUCUCAGUAAGUGGUGGGGCCUGGAGACAAAAUCUGUCUACUCCAUCUAUACUGGGAAUUUGGCUUGUUUCAUUUUAUAGGUCUUGUGCAUGCAGCCACAGUUGCUAUGAGUUCAUUCUAGUAACCAUGUCAAAAUAAUAAAUAGAAAGCCAGCGUUUGACAGCAGUCCUCCCCAACCUUUAGUUCUUGCUUUCCUGUCGCUUCUUUGGCUUUCCCCGAGCUUGGCGGUGGUAGUGAUGAAUGUAGCUGUCUCAUUUACAGGUGAACAUGCAGUCUGUCUUAGCACUUUGGCCAGCUGUGCGUCUCCACUGACAGCUGCCACUGUAAAAGGAAGCUACUCUAACCACAGCUGAGAGUAGUGAAGGUCUGUUGUGCCAAGAACUGAGGAGAUGGCAGAAACUUGGGGGAUUUUUGGAGAUGAUGUUAUGCUAUAUAGCCUUGACUAGCUUGGAACUCUCUAUGUAGGCCAGGCUGUUGUCAACUUGUGCUUAGUUUUGUUUUAUGUUAUAAACUGUUAUCAUAUAUAUGUGAUUAUGGAAUUUCCCUGUGUGAAUUUUUCUUUUCAUGUAUAUUUCAUUCUCAUUGUAAUUUCUCUGGUAAUUAUACUAAAGGAUAAUACUGAUAUUACUGCCUUCUUGCCAAAAUCUAUAUUCAAUAAAUUCUACUAACUCUCUCCAUCCAUGACAAGUGAGUGGCUCAUCUGUAAAAGCAUUCUCUGUAGAGUUUCUGACAGGUCUGAUGUUUUAUUUCAGGGGUCUUACAAGGAUUGAUUCUGUAGAUAGGUGUCCCCUAAUUUGGAUGUACUGAGGGGCAAAUGUAAUUCUGCUCUUGUAAUCACAAUAGCAGUUACCAAGAAGACUGGAGUACUGGAGUAAAGGGGGAUGUAAUUCAUGUGCUAGUCAGUCCAUCAGAGAGUAGAAGGUACUUUGAUGAUUCAGAAUGGUUUAUGGUUUUUCAGCUUACAGAUGUUCUUAUAGAAUGCCUUUCUGUUAUAGUCACUAAGGAGCAUUUCUCAUUGGUGGAGGCUUGCAACAUUUCCUUUAGUGGCAGAAAAUGUGGUCUUGCUGUGUGAGGUGAACUAUUUGGAUUAUUUUUGCAUUUCUUAGUUUCUAUAUAAACACUAAUGUUUAAUAUGAUGGAUGCAGUUAUCCACAUAUAUAGGUGUUCCUAGAGUUUCCAUGGGAUUACAUUAUGAUAAGCCCAUAGUAAAGUGAAAAAUAUAAGAAAAGCAUUUUACACUUGACCUUUUAAUCAUCAAACCUUAGCCUAGUCUACACCAACAUUUUUGGACCCACUUACAUUUUCCUAAAGUUGGGGAAAGUUUCUUUUUCUUUACAUUUUUUUCAUGUUUUAGAAUUGUUAGUGUGUAUGUUGGCAUGCUUAAGGUUUUGUCGUGACAUUAUGACCGAGGUUUCCACAUACUUUAAUGGUAAUCACUGUCUCUUGUUCCCUUCCUUCUUCCCAGUGGUCCUGUUCUUCCUAAUAAACUCAUGGUUUCAUCUCCCUUGUUUGUUAAAAUCUGGAUCCUGUUCUGUGUCCAGGGAGCAUCAUUUGGUACUUAGUGUCAUUUAUGUGAUGGUUUCCAGUUCCAUCUAUUGUCUGCCAAGUUUCCUGUUAAGUUCUUGGUGAGCUAGUAAAGACUACAUUUUAUAUAUGCCACAUUUAAAAAGUUUUAGUUUACCUAUUGAUGGGCACUUAGGCUGAUUCUGUAAUUGAGUACUAUGAGUGUCUGAACCUAUAUACAAAUAUGCAUAGUAUGAUUUGACUUAGAUUCCUUUUGCUACACUUUAAACAGCACAGUAGAAUCAUAAGAUAGUUAUAUUUUGAGUUCUUGAUGAAACACUACUAUUUUCUAGAGUGACCAUGCUAACAUACAUUUCCAGGAAUAGCCCUACAGUCUCACCAGCUUGUGUUUUAGUUUGGUUCCUUAAUAGUUAAUCACAUUGAGGUGAACUUAAUUGUAUUGAGAAUUUUCAUGGUUUAUUGGCUAUUUGUACAUUGUUUGAGAACUGAUUGUUUCCCCGUGUAUAGAUUCAGUCAUUUUGCAAUAGAGUGUGUGUGUGUGUUUUCUAUACAUUAAUCCCUUGAAAGAUCAAUGAGUAUCCAAAGAUAUUCUCCCCCAUUCUGUAACUUUCUCUGAUAAUUGUUUCCUUUUUCUGUGUAAAAGCUCUUUAGUGUCUUGCAAUGACUAAAUCCCAUUUAUACCCUGGAUUUUUUGUUUAUUUGUUUGUUUGCGUGUCUUUAACAUUGCUUCUUGCUAUGGAGACCUGACUGGCCUGGAGCUUGCUUCCCACGCCAGGUUGGCAUCUAAUUUGCAGCAGUCUUCCUGCCUCUGGUUCUGGGUGUUAACAUUGUAAUCAUGGGAUUCUAAUACCCAUUCCCUAGUUGCCAUUCUUCCUGUCAAUUAUCAUAUUCAGAAUGUCAUUGUCUGUGCCCCUAGCUUCAUGUAGUCUUCAGAUUUUCCUCUAUGAAUUUCAAGGUUUUCAGGUCUUUGGUUCAAUUUGAGUUGGCUUUUGUACAGAAUGCUAUAGGGAUUUUGGGAUGUUCUUGUAUAUAGGUACUGUUUUCCUUGUUGAAGAGGCCAUUUAUUUCACUGUACAUGGUUUGGAUGCCUUUGCUGAAGUUAGAAGGUUGUGGCUACGUGGUUGUUCUGGGACUGAGCUCUUCCAUUGCUCUGCAUGUCUGUUUUUAAGUUACACUGUUUCACUCGUAAGGCUUUAUAGCAUAAUUAGUUGAGUUUUAUAACCUUAUUAGUUGAGUGUUGUGAUAACUCUAGCAUUGCUCUUUUUGCUCAGUGUUGCAUUGACUAUUUGGGGUAUUUUGGUUUUCUUACAAUUACAGGAUUGUGUUUUCUAUUUCUGUAGAUAAUGGCAUUGGAGCUUUGAUGGGGGUUGUAUUGACGCUGAAGAGCACUUUACACUUUUUCAUAUUAUAAUGGUGCUGAUUUGUGAGCAUAGGACUGUUUUCCAUUUUGCAGAGCCUUCAGUUCCUCAGUGUUUUUAAAUUGUCAUUAUGUAUUCCUUUCACCGGCUUGACUAAGUUUAUUCAUAGGUGAAUUUGACUUUGUCUUGUAACUUGUUUCCUCGGCUUUUGGAAGAUGAUUUUUUCCUUAAUUAUUUUAUCACCAUUUUCAUUGUCAUGUAAAUGGCUACUGAUUUUUCUAUACUGACUUUAUUGUACUACUUUGCUGAAGUAAUGAUGACAUGCAGAGUUGCGGCAGUUUGGGUCUUUUAAGAAUAUGACCAAUCAUAGGGGCUAGAGAGAUGACUCAGCAGUUAAGAACCCUGACUCCUCUUCUAGAGGCCGGAGGCCUGAUUGCCCUCACCUACAUGGCAGCUUACAACUGUAACUCCAGUUCCUUGGGAUCCAUCUCACUUUUCUGGUCCCUGGGCACUAGACAUGCACAUGGUACACAGACAUGCAUGCAGGCAAAGCACCCAUGCAAUAUAAUAAUAAUAGCUUUUAAAGAGAUGGGAGAUUUGACCUCAUUUCACUUCCUUUUUUCUUUCCUCAUAUUCAGGGUGAACUGAGGAGCUUGUGAGUGGCAGGCAGGUGCUAGACCACUGCUGGGUGGAUCCUUUUCCUUUCUUUUCUCCUACUUCUCCAGGAGUUGUAUAUAGCAGUGUAGACAAGGUGAACCCUUUGUGUUAUUCCUGAUUGGUAAAACAUUGUUUUAGUUUUCCUGUCUGGUAUAAUCUAGGCUCUAGUUUUGUCAUUUAUUACUUGUUACAAUGACCUGUGUUCCUUUUCCUAGUUUUUUUUUCAGGCCUUUUUUUCAAGGGACAUAAAACUUUGGACAAAGUCUUGCUCCAUGUAUUGAGGCGAUCAGGGGAUUUCAGUCCUUGAACAUCCAUGUUUUCUAUUACAUUUAAUGAUUUCUAUCUGUGGAAACAUGCUUAUAUAUGAAGAAUGGAAUCAACCUGAUCAUAGUUUGUGGUAUUUUUAAUACAUUGAGUUUGUUUUAAAGUAUAAUUUUGUGUUGUAUGUAUAUGUGUGGGGGGGUAUUUUUUUGGUUUGUUUUGGUUUUGUUUUUUUGUUUGUUUGUUUGUUUUGGUCUGUUUUCAUCAAGGAAAUUUGUGUUUUUCUGUAUUGAGUUCUUUGUGGUUUUGCUAUCAGGGUAAUACUACCUUUCAAGAAUAAAGUAGUGUUUCUCCCCUUAUGUUUGAUGAAAUAAUUUAGGAAGCUUGGUUGAGUUCAGUAGUGAAUUCAUCAAGUCCUAAGCUUUCCUCUUGGGGACAAAGUUUAUUUAUAUCUUAGUUAUGUUGUCCUUUUACAUUGCUCACAUUCCCUUGAUUUAUUUUUCUUCAUCUGUUAAUUUUAUUGUGUUAUUGAGAAUUUUAUACAUGCAUAUAAUGCAUUUUAGUUAAGCCUACCUACCCUCCUUCCUUUCCUUCUAAUUCUAUCUCUCCAUCACUUUUCCCUCUCCAUUUCAUGUGUUCUCUUUUAUUUCUAACCUAUAGAGUUUCCUUAAUGCUGCCAGCCUAUACAUGGGUGCAGGGCCAUUCCUACUGUGGCAUGAAUAGCCUCUCCUUGAAGAAAACUAAUGCUUCCUCUCCAGCAGUCAUCAAUUGCUAAUUAACUACUCAGGAGUGGGGCUUUGUGAACACCUCCCUCCAUGCUGGGAUGCUUGCCUGAUUGAGCUUGUGUACGAAGUCACAGCUGUUGUCAGUUAACGUGUUCAACUGUCCCAUUGUGUCCAGAACACACUCUUUGACUUUAAUAAUCCACUAGCUCUUACAGUUUUUCUGCUCCUUCCAUAGUGAUCCCUGGUCCCCUGAGAGAAGGGAUUUGAUAUAGGUGUCCUGUUUAGGGCUGAGCCCUCCAAAAUCUCUUAUUUUCUGCAUGCUGACCAGUUGUGAAUCUGUUAAUUGCCAUCUACUGCAGAAAAACAAAACCAGUUUCAUGAUGAAGGUUGAGAGAGAUACAUAUAUCUGUGAGUGUUAAGAUACCCAAAGGGGUUGGUUUUAUCACGAUGUCCUCUUAACAGAGUAAUAGUAGAUUAGUAGAAAGUUCUCCACAGUAAGGGUGCUGGGUAUGAGUUCCAUCUUGUGGAGUGUGUGGAAUGGGCCUUAAGCCCAGUCAAAAAGUAGCUGGUUGUUCCCACAACAUUCAUGCCAUACCCAUGGUGGUAUCUUGUCAGACUGAUGGUCAUUUGUAGAUCAGAGGGGUCUCAGCUGGUUACACUUGCUGUAUAGUCUUCACCCCUGGUAGUAGGUACGGUACCUUCCAGUACCAUGAAAGCUAGCCCGUAGUGAGAGAUCUAACUACACACCUGUGGCACUGACCAUGCAUGCCAGUUGGGGCAUGGUCACAGGUGCGUAUGUGAUCGUGUGGGAUUUGGUCUGGGGUCCGGGACAGGCUUGCUCUCUCUCAGUUACAGUCAGGUCAUGGAGAGCAGUAGGGCAUUGAUCCUGGGUUAUUGGUUUCUCAUGUAAGUGACUUCUCCUUGAAUAAAAUUGCCAAUAGGAUGAAGCAUCUAGGUUAGUGUAAGCUUGAUUUCUUCAUGUUCUGUGACUCUGGAUGUGGUGUCUUCAGUAAUAGGUUUUACCAUCAAGUUCUGUGUGGUAACCAAGGACAAUAGCAAUAGCCUAUAAUAUUGGGGGGCAUCUAUAGGACUCCAUUUCUUGACUUAAUAUUUCAUAAGUGUCUUGAAAUUAUUAUUCUUGAUUUUCCAGUUUAUUGUGAUAGAAGUUUUCAAAGUAUCCUCAAAUCAUUAUCUGGAUUUUAUUUACUGUGUAUUAUAGUGUCUCUCUUUCCAACUCUAACUUUAUUCAUAUGAAUAAAAUGUAAGAUAAUAAAAAAUGAAGUACUUAAAGUUUUGUAAAUAUUAUGACUGCCUGAAAGUUGUGUAGGGAGCAGCUAUAGGGUUGAAUUUCUUUUUUUGAGUGACCACCCUUUCUCAGUGUACUUUUUGGUGAUGCAACUGACUUUGAGUCACCCGUAUGCCUGUAAGUAAUCCCUCAUUCAUACUCCUGUAAGUAAAUCUCAAUAAAAUCAUUGUUCUCCAA